AUGGGCCCGGAAGUUGUUUGGGAUUCCCAGGUAAAAAAAAAAAAAAAAAAAAAAAAAAAAAAUCCCGGAGAUGCUGUCGUCGCCUGGGAAAACAAACAGCUAUCCAGACAGUUAACGAGGAAAACAGCAGUCGGUCGCCAGGCACCUGGUGAGAGAAUGAACACUGAUGACUGCAAUGGACGCUCAUAUGCACCAGGCAGUGGAGGAGAGUCAUCAACGGAACAGGAGUUUUAUGGUGGUUUGCGGGGACCUUCAGUGAGAUCUCCAAACAGCCAGCAGUCCUCUCCACACCGCUCCCUCAGUGCAAACUCCAUCAAGGUUGAACUGUGUAGUGAUGAUGAGUCACCGGGUGCUCCACAGCCUGAGAAGAGGGAGGAUAGCAGGAAGGAUGACAGAGGGGAUGCCAUGGAAGAGGGCAGUGCAGAGCACAGUGGGUCUGGAGGAGAGAGGGGAAGCAUUUACAAUGAGAUGGCCACUCCAAAGCCUGCUUCCCCAGGACCUAUCCGGCUGCCCAAUGGGAAGCUUCAGUGUGAUGUGUGUGGAAUGAUUUGUAUCGGACCCAACGUACUGAUGGUGCACAAGCGUACCCACACAGGUGAGAGGCCAUUCCGAUGUAACCAGUGUGGAGCUUCCUUCACCCAGAAAGGAAACUUGUUGCGCCACAUCAAGUUGCACUCAGGAGAGAAGCCUUUUAAAUGUCCCAUUUGCAAUUACGCCUGCCGCCGGAGAGAUGCCCUUGCUGGACACCUACGCACACAUGCAGGGUCCUCUCCAACAGUAGGUAAACCUUUCAAGUGCAGCUACUGUAAUCGCAGCUACAAGCAACAGAACACACUGGAGGACCAUCUUGAGCGCUGCCAUAGUUACCUGAAGAGUCUGGACCACCAGACAAUAAUCAGCACACAGACAGCACAGGGAGAAGAAUCAGCAAACCUGGAACCAAUGACUAAGCCAGUACCCCAGCCAUCCAAUGAAAAACUCCCAUAUGUGGACCGACUGGCUAACAGCAUCACCAAACGCAAGAGGUCAACGCCACAGAAGUUUUUGGGUGAAAAGCACAUGUGUCUGAAUUUAUCUGAAGCACCUCAUGAACUGUCCUCUGGCUCUGAGAAGGAAGGGGACCUCUUGAGCUCUCAGCAGACUGUGGAUUCUGCUGGGCUGGUGGGUCUGGGUGGCAAACACCUCCAGGGAGCCGCGGGGAAAGGUGAAAAUCACGAGCCCCCCAAACUUUCUCAACUCCACCCUGCCUUCCUGACGGAGAUACGCUCAGUGAUGGGCUCCAUCAACAGCCAUGUGGCUCCUCAGGGCCCCCGUGCCCACGGUGGAGGUGGACUGACAUCCUUGUCUCUUGGCCUAGCAGGGCGGGAGGUGGGUGAAGGCCGUGAUGACCUACCUUCAGCCCAUAGCCACACAACCUCACCUAACGGCUGCCCUGAUUCCACAGACACCGAGAGCACAGCGGAAGAGCAGAGCACAGGGGCUGCAGCGCCGACAAGUACCUCCAACCACCACCACCACCACCACCUCCUCUACCCAACCCCAGCACUGCCCCGCAGCCAUCCCACUUCCAGCCCUAGCCAGGCCAAAGACUUGGACCCAGAGUGGGAAAAGGCUUGUCCCCCGGCCCCCACCAUAGUGAAGAGGACCCCUGGGUCACCCCUGUCUUCCAGGCAGACUGUGCAGGUGGUAGACAGGGAGGACCGGCCUGUGCGCUCCUUCCCCUGCCCACACUGUCGCAUCAUCUUCCUGGACCAUGUCAUGUUCACCAUCCACAUGGGUUGCCACGGCUUCCGCCAACCCUUUGAGUGCAACAUCUGCGGCCACCGCAGCCAGGACCGCUACGAGUUCUCCUCUCAUAUCAGCCGCGGAGAGCACCAGGUGGGCUGAGGAGAGGGGGGAAGCUUGGGGAACGGAGAGGGAAUAGCAGUGGGAUGAAGUGGGGUGACUGCUGCUCUCUGAAGUUGUGGGCUCACGUUUGUUCUGCACCAGAUCAGUUGCUUUGAAUCUCUAGUGAUAGCAAAAGGACUUGUGGUUUUAAUUUCAGAAUAUUAAACAAGCUACAGCAGGUGGAAGUGAAGAGUCUUUUCACCGCAUCAUUCAAAGAUUAAGGGAGGCAAAUUAUAUGCUAUGAUUGAUUGCACUCCCAAAUCAAAUCAUUUGGCAAAACUGCUGGUUUUGCCUCAAAAGUGCCUUUUGGGGGGAUUUCCUCCUGCUUAUAAAGUGGGGGGGAAACCUGGUGCUCAAAAAUCUUCACUAGCCAUCUUUUCAGUGGUGUAGUCAGCACUAGAUCAGGUGCACAGGCCCAUAAUUUGGGUGAGAGACGGUGGACUAAUUCUAAAGUUUAUAGAUGCUUGUAAAAUCAAAUUGAGAAGCAUGGCACAUACAUUUUAAUAAUUAUGUUUGGUAUGCUAAGUAUUUAUUUAAAAAAAAAAAAAGAGCUUUGUGUUUUUGUGGUUGAAGAGGGGAUUUUGGGUGAUAUGUCAGGUAAGCUUUAUAUGCACUGAGAGCUUUGUGCCUCUGGGUUAGGGAGGAGCUUUUGUCACAGACGAAGCACAGAAAUGGAUUGCCUUAACUCCUACAGCAGUGCCCUGUUUUAGGAAUACACAUUGUUUACAGCAUGGUUCAACAGUGCGUGAAGUCACCUCAGAACGGAGGAUAUUUGCAGCUACACUUGAGAUCAAUGAGAAGACUAUCAGGACAUAGCAAAAUCACAAAGGAAAUGAAUUAAAAAAAAUGUAUGGGGGGAAAUCUGCUUUCAGGGCUCAAAUGUAGAAUAGGUUGCUGAAUUUUAAAGUGAACCUUAGAAUACUGGUGCAGAUCAGACCAUGACCCAUGUAGUGUACAGUAAGAGUUUGACUGAGAUGGGCCAGGGUGCUACCCCUUUAGAGGACUGCACUUUGAGGUUCUCUGCUUAUAUAUAUGAGCAUCUUCACUGAAGCACUUGAUGGCUUUACAAGUUAGGGUUGUUUUUUUCUGUGAUUGUUCUACUGCACUGAGAAAUUGCAUAGUGCUCAAACAAUAAUUGAGUAUCUAAUUUGCAACACCAUGUUUUUUUUUUUUGUUUGUUUUUUUAAAUUAAUGGAGCUGGCCUACAGAAUCCCACUGUGUCGGACUGGACCUGUGGUCUACACUCAAGUUUGCUGCAGUGUGUGACAGCGUGUGUCACAAGCUAAAAAUUAAAUAUAAUUUUAGUUAAGUUCAGUCUUUUGUGGUUUUGCACUCAGUGCUUGAGGCUGAGACUUUAAUGAAUUUGCAUAAUGGGAAAUGAAUAAUUAACAAAAUUAUUUGAGGUCUAUUCAGUUAUUUAAUAUAACUUGUGGUUAUCUAUUUAGUGUUGUUUGUUACAGCCUUGGUGUAUUUAGUCAGCUAUAUCCCAAAUCUUAUCCAGCAUAUUCCUCAAGUCCAUGAAAUGUUACCUCCUGCUUCUUUAUAGCACCCAAAUACCUUAUUGCUACAGUAUGGUGAGUUAGCUGAUAAUGUUAAUGUUGGGAACAUGAAUGAGACCAAAUUCAGUAUUCUAACUUGUUAUUGUGGGUUUGCUGCUUCAUAGUUUUAACUUUAUUUCCUUUAAUUGCUGGCAAAAAAAGAAAAAAAAAAACGUACUUGAAACCUUUUGAGAAAAAAAAAGUAAUCUAAAAUGCACUUGGUUUGAUAAGUAGAGAAAUGUGUGUGAAUGGAAUAUAGCAUGUGUGCUUGUCAUUUUCUGCUUUUAUCUGAAUUGUGAAUUAUUUUUGAAAUGUGAAGUAAUCUCAAGAAGUGAAAAUGAGGCAUGGGUUUUUUUGUUUUCUCGUGUGGACUUUUAAUGUUCUACAAUUUUUUGUGAAUGAUGUAACAUGACAGAACACUUUACCUCAAAGUUCAAGAUGUACAACUGCCUCAUUAUUUCAAAGUCAUGUUGCUUUCCAAGAUGUAAUUGCAGUUACAGAUCCGUGCCCCUCGAUAUUCUAGAAACUUUUUACUGUCAAUAAAGUCAAGUUUAUUGUAAAACGGAUUUCCUUUAGUUUAACCGUAAUGCUAUACAUGUCUUUAUUU